AUAUAAAAGCGGAAAAUUAGUAAUACGCCCGCAAAAAAAAAAAAGAAAUUACACAAUUUCCAGUUUAAUCUUCAUCCAUCAUUCUUCAUUGAUUUCUAGCAUUUUUCUCGCAGAUCUAGGGUUUCGCAAUUUCCGGCCCCAUUUCAUUAAUUCCAGGGUUUAAGAUCGGGCGAAAAUUCCCGAUGUUCAUGUUCCCCGAUCUCUAAUUUACUUGAUACAUCACUGGGCAGACAAUUUUUUGGUUGUAAGCCUUUUAUGUUAUUGCUGUGUUGAGAAUUCGAUCUGGCAAAAAUGUCGGUGAAGAGUGGGAAUGCUUCGAUUAGGGAUCGGACGCAGGAGUUCUUAGGGAUAGCGGAGAGGGUAAAGAAGUCAAUUUCCUCGCAGAAUGGUCCGACCAGCAGCGGAUCCAAGCGGGAGGAGCCGCCACGGUCUGCGAUGGCGAUGCAAUCCGAGUUCAACAGGAGGGCGUCGAAAAUUGGCUUUGGGAUUCACCAAACAUCCCAGAAGCUAUCUAAACUGGCAAAACUUGCAAAGAGGACUUCAGUUUUUGAUGAUCCUACAAUGGAAAUUCAGGAACUCACUGCAGUUAUCAAGCAAGAUAUAACUGCUCUUAAUUCUGCUGUAGUUGAUCUACAGUAUCUAUGCAAUUCACGCAAUGAAAGUGGAAAUAUAUCCAGUGACACCACCACCCAUUCUACUACAGUUGUUGAUGAUUUGAAGAAUCGUCUGAUGAGCACUACAAAAGAGUUCAAGGAAGUUUUGACUAUGCGAACAGAGAAUUUGAAGGUUCAUGAAAACAGAAGACAAUUGUUUUCUUCUUCGGCUUCUCAGAAUCCUUCAAAUCCUUUCGUUCGCCAGCGUCCUUUAGCUGCAAAGUCUGCUGCCAGCAACUCAGCUGCACCUCCUCUUCCAUGGGCUAACGGUGCACAGUCUUCGUCCCAAUUAUUCCGCAAGAAUCAGAUGGAUGGGGAGUCUCAGCCGUUGCUGCAGCAACAACAAAAUCAACAGCAACAGCAAAUGGUUCCAUUACAGGACAGCUACAUGCAGAGUAGAGCAGAGGCUCUUCAAAAUGUGGAAUCGACAAUUCAUGAGCUCAGCAAUAUCUUUAAUCAGCUAGCUACACUGGUUUCUCAGCAAGGAGAGAUUGCUAUCAGGAUUGACGAAAACAUGGAUGACACGCUGGCAAAUGUGGAGGGAGCUCAAGGGGCCCUGCUCAAGUACCUCAAUAGCAUCUCGUCAAAUCGGUGGCUGAUGAUCAAGAUAUUCUUUGUACUGAUUUUCUUUCUCAUGAUAUUCCUAUUCUUUGUGGCGUAGUGAGAGACGGCGGUGCAUUACCAAACAGCAAGAAAAAUUCUUCAUGUAAUCUAGACAGGGUUAAGCAUCUGUUGUAAUUUUCCGGUCUUUCUUUUCGUAAUAUAAUCUCUUUUGUAUAUCAGAUGAGCAAUUUUGCA